UUUCUUGAGAAGCAUAUUUCUGCCACCUCGCAGAUUUCGAGUAGCGGGAUUCCCGAGGUUCCUGCGAAAUUCACCGCUUCCCUGCAACGCCUUCAAUACUUACCAGCGACCAGCGCACUCAAAGCUCGUGAGCGCUACGUAGGUCGGGCCCCAUGGAGCUUUGCGUAUCGCAGUUAGCAUUCCGCGCAGCUCCUCCGGACUCCUCCACUCGAGGUUUGCUUGGCAUACAGCAAUCCAAGCGUAGCUCUCCAGCCCCGUCGUGCGCUUUCCUCGCACGACGCUCAACCGCCUUGCACGGUCGCAGCUCGCCUAAUCUCCGCGUCCCACGGCUCUGCAAGAAGCUGUCUCUCGCUGGAAGCUUAGCGGCCUUCAGAGGAAUAGACUCUCCUGGUGUCCGCGGCAAUGCGACCCCACGUCGCUUUACUACGGUAUACGCGACCGGCUCCCACCCUAGAAAUGCCAGCACUGGCGAAGAGUCAAAUGGCGAUGCAGUCGCUGACGGUCGGAGGCCAGACGACAGGCCUGAGGUUUGGGAGCCGUGCUGCGAGUCAGCCGAUCAGCUCGACCAGAAUCUCUUGUCAUUGUCACCAUCAGAAGCCCCAUGGACGGCUCUGAUCCACCGCCUCGCCCUCUGGCGAUCGCAUCUGAGCCGUCAGUUUCACCUCCCGGAACCGUCAGACAUCCUCAGGGAAGCCGGCCGGCUGUUCGUGUCGUUAGCCGUCAGCGCCGUGCUGCUGUCGUCCGUCAGCUUGCCGGCGACGGCGAUCGUGCAGGCCCCGCCACGUAAGCUGAUGCCGGACGAGCAGGCGACGGUGCAGCUGUUCAACGAGACGACCCCGAGCGUGGUUUACAUCACCAACCUGGGGGUCAAGAGGGACGUGUUUACACUUGAUGUCAUGGAGGUGCCGCAGGGGUCGGGGUCGGGGUUCAUCUGGGACCGCGAGGGCCACGUGGUGACGAACUACCACGUGAUUCGCAACUCCAGCGACCUAAGGGUGACCCUGGCGGACCAAUCAGUGUACGCUGCUGACGUGGUGGGGUACGACCGCGACAAGGACGUGGCGGUGCUGCACAUCGACGCGCCCAGGGGCAAGCUGCGCCCGCUGCGAGUCGGCAGCUCCUUCGACCUGCAAGUGGGGCAGCGCGUCUACGCCAUUGGUAACCCGUUUGGAUUGGACCACACCCUCACCACAGGAGUUAUCAGUGGUCUGCGGCGGGAGAUCAGCUCUGCAGCCACGGGGCGGCCCAUCCAGGACGUGAUUCAGACGGACGCGGCGAUCAACCCGGGCAACAGCGGGGGCCCGCUGCUGGACUCGAAUGGCAACCUCAUCGGCAUCAACACCGCCAUCUACUCGCCCUCGGGGGCUUCUUCCGGCGUCGGCUUCUCCAUCCCCGCGGACACGGUGGCGGGCAUAGUGGAGCAGAUCAUCAAGUACGGCCAGGUCACGCGCCCAGUGCUGGGCAUCUCCUUCGCCCCCGAGCAGUCCCUCGAGCAGCUCGGCGUCUCGGGCGUGCUCGUGCUGGACGCCCCUCCCUCGGGGCCUGCUGGCAAGGCGGGUAUCCGCCCCACGACACGUGACAGCUACGGGCGGCUGGUGCUGGGGGACAUCAUCACAGGCAUCGACGGCAACACCGUGCGCAACGGUUCCGACCUCUAUCGCAUCCUCGACCGCUGCAAGGUCGGCCAGAAGGUGGAGGUGAGAGUGCUGAGAGGGGAUGACGAGGUCAUCAUCAGAAUCACCUUGGAAGGGAAGAGCUAAGACUAGCUUCUCAGGAGAACUUAGCUGGAACAUGCAUACUAGUUUCGUUUUGAGGCUAAUGUCAUCAAUGUUGGACGCUUGAUGCGAGGAGGAGAAUAAUGGUAGGAAGUAAUAAUGUUGAUGGUUGAUGUGAGAUGAUUUCAGAUGUAGACGAUACAUGUAGAUAUUACAUUUGUGUCGCAGUGUCGGCGGAUUUCCCAAGACCACC